AGUGUGAAGCCGAUGUCCAUGGCUUUCUUUAAAACCCCAACAAGAGUAUCGUUUCCCUCCUGAAGCUCCAAGAUCAGACGCACCCCGUUUCAAACUUUGCCGAAAAAUGUCAUCUUCAACACCAGACAUGCUCAUUAAGAAUCGCUUUCUGGGAUUCUUAAUCUGGCAAUCGAUCCCCUCUACCGUGGUCUACUUCUUCCUUAAAGCCUUUAUCUCAACUAUUGCCAAUUCCAUUGCUGGUACUGAUACCCCCAACUUAUACACGUCAAGCAGUUUCAGAAAAAGCUCGUUAUUUUGGGCUUUUGUACCUUCAUUCAGGGGUUUUAUCUCAUUCAUCACAUUCCAUUUCUCUCAGCUCCUUUUCUCCUCCACGCUCUCCGUCAUCGCUUCUCCGCAUCCUGAGCGACCAGCCUCCAUGUUUGAGCUUGCAACUGGGCUUAUUCGCCUCCUAUAUGUUCCCGGAGGCGGCAGGGGGUUUCCGGCGGCUGAUUCUGACGAUUUUCGCCGUCGAGCAAAGGUUUCUUUGAGCUUUGUAUUGUUUGUGGCAGCAUCAGCAGCUUCGGGUUUCACAGCAUCGGUGUCGCUUUGUGGAGUGAGAGCAAUCAGAGAGCAUGAUGAUGGGUUUUGGAUGAUUGGACGACUGGGUUUAAGGGGCUUCUUCGUGGGUUUACUUUUUGGGUUGCAUUAUGUUUAUAAACGCUUGUGGGUUUUGGAGUUUCCUAUUAUUCAGCGUCUUCCUUACUUCAGCUUCAAAAUGGGACUUCCUUCAGCUGCUAGACAAGCUUUGAAGCUUUCCUUUGUGGCUUUCAUAUUUUCAACUACUUUGGUUGAGUUUCUUCCACAUCCAUUGAAGACCAGCAUCACAAUGCGAAGGUUUUUCAUGGAGCAGAUUAUCUGUUUCAUUGGGAGCUUUGCUGUCCUUAUCUGCUGGGAAUUGACUCAUCAUUUGCACCGGGUUGGUUUUCUAACAUGCUUAACUUCGUUAUGUUUGCACCCCCUAAAGGGUGAAGCUUGGGCAGCAAAAACAGACUCACGACUAGAUAUGAAGUACUCAGAACCACUAAAUAACUUAAAGCUUUAUACGUGGUGUUCCAAGACUGUUGCCUCACUGACUUCCUGCUCACACAGAGAGGAUAAGUUCGGAGUUGCUCAGCUUUCCGGGAGUAACGCAGCUGUCGUGUCGACGUUGAUAUCUUGCCUUCUUGCAGUUGAAACAUUCAUGGGAAAGAAAACGAAUCUACAAUCUUCGAAUCAGCUGUUAGGACCUGCCAAUAUCCGGUGGCUGCCAGCAAAUAGUGGAAGAGCUGGUGUUACAACUGUUAAAGGAGGAGUGGGCCUGAAAUUCAAAGCUUAUGCUGUUGCUGAUGUCCUCAAGACCUCAAUCUACCAGAUUGUCUCCACGUUCCAUGAUGAGAUGUUGGCCAGUGCUAAAGCUGGUCUUCUUGAGAAGGACUGGAUCACUAGUGGGAAACCCUUUUUCGGUACCCACGAGCUCAUCAUACAAAAAUUGCGCCUAUUCCUCGAUUUCCGAGCCACGUAGCUGGAAUUUUCAGGUUUUGGUGCUACUUUCCUCAAUUCCUUAUCAACCUAUUGGUGAGAUAUCCUUUGAUCUACCAACAUGGUUUCAGACAUUAUAAUUACACACAGGUUGUUUGCUUGAGGAGGAGAGGAUCAAUUUUGCUGUCUGAAUAUUGAGAUGAAUGGUAUGAAUCCCUUGCUGUUUUCUUGAAUGCACUCGGUUUGGCAGUUGAAUUCAUAGCAACAAGAUUUGGUAGGAUUGAUCUUUGGCUGACCUGACUAUCGAGUAUGAGUAUAAUUUUUAUAGCCUUAUUCUGUU